UGUAUGUCAGCAAUCCUAAAUGACCACGUCAACAUAGGGUUGGCUACUAUAGGCAGCAAGACCAUUGCGAAGAAGGGCCGUUAUUGGGGAGACUACGGUCUGACACGUAACGCCGGGAGACCGAGCAAACCCCCAAGUCCGAUUAAGUCCGAUCGCCCAUUGCGACCGCUGCACUAGACGUUGGGCAUCCGGAACCUGUGGGUGCAUGCAUUUUCUAUAAGACAGCUCAGGUUGCCUUUGCAAUUUGCUCUACCGACAUCGCUCAUCCUUCUCUCAGUUCCCCUGCUUCCCAGUGGCCUGCCAUCUUGCACUUGCCCUCUCCUCACUUAAUACUAGUUCUAGUGGUAAUCGUACCUCAUAAUCUCAUUUCACCCGCCGCCAUGACCAGCCGACCCUUUCCGGAGCAGCCGGCGCUGCACACCGUAGCACAGCACCGCGCUGGGAUGCUGACAUACCCGGGAAACCUUCGGGAAGCACUGCGUCAAGCACAAGCAGACCCAACCAAGACAUUGCUCGGUGUCGCACAAGGGAUACCGAGCGUUUUCGUCACGAAGGUCCUUGCCUCCACCCAGCCCGACUUCAUCUGGCUGGAUGUUGAGCAUGCCAUGUUUGACCGCUUGACCCUUUUCGACGCCAUUCAGGCCGCCCAGCACCACUCCGAAGGGAAGAGCAUGGUGGUCGUCCGCGUUCCCAAGAACGACGAGACCGCUUUGUCGACAGCGCUGGAUGCAGGCGCUGCCGGCAUCAUCAUCCCACACUGUGAAAGCGCCCAAGAGGUCAAGGACAAGAUCAAGGAAGCGUUUUACCCUCCAUUGGGCGAACGGUCGUUCAGCCCCUGGACCUUUACCCCUGGCAUUUCCGACAGGUCGCUGUACCCGAACGACGCGUUCAACAUCCAGACCUCAAACCGGCACAUCUGCGUCAUUCCGCAGGUCGAGAGUGUCAAGGGCAUCGAGAACAUCGACGAGAUUGCCGCAGUCGAAGGCGUAAGCGGCCUGAUGUUCGGGCCGGGCGACUUCAGCAUCGAUGCCGGUCUCGAGCUCAAGCUGGGCGGAGAGCCGCACCCUACCUUCAUGGCAGCGAUGCAGAAGUUUGUCGCAGCCGGCAAGAAAUACGGAAAGCCUCUCGUUGGUGCUGCCCAGGUCCCGCAGAUGAUCCCUAUGAUGAUCCAGCAGGGCUAUGGCGCCAUCGCCGUAGUCUUUGACUACUGGGGGCUCGCCAACAUGGUUCACAACGGGCUUAAGGAAGCCAAAGGGAUUCUGGACACCGCCGCGGCUUCCCAGUCGAAGACUGAAAACGGGGAUGCGGCUAACGGUAGCGCCAAGGCCUAAGAACAAAGGCCUCGCUAGGAUAUUGUUAUGGGUUUUCAUUUUGGAUAUACUAGAAGAUGGCGAGGGUCAUAGAGAUAGAGGGUAAUGUCUUUAUCUGUGCUGUCAUAGAUCAAGGUUUGAUAUAGCCCCCGGUGCAAAUACCGACUCUUAAUGGUUUUCUCAAUGAAUCGUCCGCGCUCCGGCCACUAUAGUGUACAUUAGUACUUAGCACUGACCUUGACCAUUCCAACAAGUCACAAUCUCCCCCCUGGCGGAGUUCGACUUGUGCA